AUGAGCCUAUACGCAAACGCUUCUAUUGCAAGCAUCAACACGACAUCCACUCCAGCAAUAUUUCAACCAAAAUCAAAAGUGGAGAAAUUUUUCGUCUUCCUCUCCAUUGCAGAGAUCCUCAUCAUCCUUAUGGCGCUAAUCGGCAACUUCGUGGUCGUGUAUUCAUUCAUCGUAUCCACUAAACUACGAACAAGUGUUACAAAUUAUUUCGUAGUCUCUUUGGCGAUAUCCGAUUUACUAACUUCAGGGUUAGUGAUGACGUUUAAAGUGGAAUACACUCUAAACAGUUACAAAUGGAAGCAUGGCAAGUUCGAGUGCGGUCUCUAUACUACCAUGUAUCUACUGGCGGUGCCAAGUUCCGUUAUAAAUCUUUGCGCUGUCACGGUAGAUCGUUACUUGGUUCUGAGGUUGCCUCUUCACUACGCCUCCCUUAUGACUCCAAGGAGGGCAGUUUCUAUAAUCUGCUGCGUGUGGAUGUACGCACUCUUUUGGGCGUGUCUACCUUUCAUGGGCUGGAGAUUUCAUGUACCCAUAAUUCAAAACGGCCAGUGCUACUUUGUGAAUACAGCAGCCUAUAAUAUCACAGUCAAUGUCAUGAACUUUUUACUACCAAUGAUAUUCAUGGCAAUAUUUUGGUCUCUUAUCUGCUCCAUUGUCCUUCGGCACCGUGAAAGGGUUAGAGAACAAGAAACAAAUAUUUCUUUCAACACGAACGAAUCUGCAUGUUAUUCUACCAACACUCUGUGCAUCGGAAAUGCCGCGACAUCGAUGCAACUUGAACCGAUUGCCAGAAAAAAAAAGGCUGGAAAGAAAAAAAUGCAGCGAAAUUUUAGUGGAUGUCGAUACAUUGGAAUCAUUGUCAUGCUAUUUUACAUUUGUUGGCUGCCUUACGUGACAUUAAGUUUGAUUGCAAACAUUUGUCUGUCGUGCAUUAAAUCGCCUAUCACGUUAACACUGUCUGAGACAUUCGUCGCGUUAGGGUUUUUAAACUCCGCUCUAAAUCCAUUUUUUUAUCCAUUCCACGACAAACGGUUCAAGGAAGCGUUUAGAGACAUUUGGAAGAAACUGCGAAGUAAGAGUUUCUUAAAGGUGUUACAUCGCAAAGAGAAAGUUUUGGAGGUAGCGAGACUGGAAAUCGUAGUCCGUGGUCAGUGA